AUGACCGCCACGCUCCUGACUUCCAUCCUGGCAGCUGUGUUCGGCUCCCUCCAGAUCGGCUACCACACAGGCAAUGUCAACGCCCCAGCAAGGAUCAUCGAGGAGUUCUUCAACCACACCUGGUGGUCCAGACAUAAUCAGUCGAUGCCAGAUCACAGCCUGACCUUCCUGUGGUCCCUCUCCGUCAGCAUCAAGGACUUUGGAGCCCUGCUAGGGUCACUAGGGGUCAAGUGUCUGGCUGACACCUACGGCAGGCGUAACUCCAUCCUGAUAGUGAAUGCCCUGUCGGUGGUGGGAGCCUGUUUGAUGUUUGCCUCGAAGGCCAAUGAGUCCUUUGAGAUGCUGAUCGUUGGCCGGCUGGUGUUCGGUCUGUUCUGUGGCCUUGUGAUGAGUCUCAACCCUCUCUACAUCCAGGAAGUCUCCCCCACCAACCUCAGAGGGGCCUUCGCUACCCUCAACCAGGUCUCCUUCGCUACGGGCAUACUCCUGGGCAUGGUAGCUGGUCUUGAAACAGUGCUGGGGACGAAAGAGCUGUGGGCUAUGAUGUUAUCCCUGUCUCUGAUACCUGCCCUGCUACAGUACCUGGCCCUCCCCUUCUGCCCUGAGAGCCCCAGAUACCUGCUCAUCAACCGCGGUCAGGAGAGCCAGGCAGAGACUGCCCUGUGGCGUCUGAGAGGCCCGUCAGACGAGGUGUUCACGGAGCUGGAGGAGAUGAAGCAGGAGGCGGCUCACACCCAAUCAGCCCUCACCGUCAAGGAGUUCUUCACCAAACGCUCCUACCGACAGCCAAUCAUCAUCGUCCUCAUCGUUAACCUGGGCUCCCAGCUCUCAGGCUUCAACGCGAUCAUCAAUUAUUCCACCAAGAUGUUUGACAAGGCUAACUUUGACGAAGCCAAGUAUCUGACACUGGGGGUGGGGGCCGUGAACGUGGCCUUCACUCUGGUGGCGUUCUUCCUGAUGGAGAGGGCGGGGCGUAGGAAACUACUGCUGACUGGCUUCCUGUGUCUAGCUGUGUGCAACCUCUCCAUGACCGUCAUAGACUCAGUCCUGUUCCUUGUCCCAGAGCUGCGUAGCCUGCAGGUGUUGGUCGUGUUCUUCCUGAUCUCAGCCUAUGAGGUGGGACCUGGUCCUAUUUCCUGGUUCAUCGCUGCAGAGCUGUUUGACCAGCCAGCCAGACCAAUCGCCAUGGCCUUCACCAGCAUGCUCAACUGGGGAGGGAAGUUCAUGCUGGCCCUGCUCUUCCCUCCACUACUGAAACUGUGUGGUCCUUAUGUGUACCUCCUCUUUAUGACCAUGGCUCUGGCAGCCUUCAGCUUCACUUGGAGACGCCUACCUGAGACCAAGGGACGCACGUUCGAUGACAUCGCAGCCGAGUUCCGAGAGGCCGAGGGCAUCCCCCUGCACAUUAAGACUGGUUUCAACACCUUCCCCUGACCUGACUGCCCUGGCCCCCCUCUCACCUUACCCCUCCCCCUACCCAGAGGUCGGAGGUUGUACUGGGGGUCACCGAGGUCUUCUUGUGUUCAACCUUCGCUUGGGACAAAUGUUUUAUUUUUUUUAACCUUUUGCUUAACCAGGUAGUCAGAACACGACCUCUAACACAAGGGAGACAUGGUGGGACUGAUACAGGACUUCAGGUUGUGGCCUCCCACAGUGUUGUCUGUUUUCUGAAGACGUGUACAUUUAUAAACAUGAAAAAUACGAUUUCCUCUGUUACUGUAGUAGUCACGCAUAUGUAUCAUAAAAUGGAUCAAUAUUAUUAUCUGUAUUGUUGGAUUGAGGCAUUACGAUAACUUUUUUUCAGAUCCAUAUCAUUGAAUAUUAAAAGUGAAGCUCCUGUAUAUAAGAGAUUAUAGGAGAUCCAGACUCUUAUCUAUAAGAGUUUAUAAGAGUCUGAAGCUCCCGUAUAUAAGAGUCUGAAGCUCCCGUACAUAAGAGUUUAUAAGAGUCUGAAGCUCCCGUACAUAAGACUUUAUAAGAGUCUGAAUCUCCCGUACAUAAGACUUUAUAAGAGUCUGAAUCUCCUGUACAUAAGAGUUUAUAAGAGUCUGAAGCUCCCGUACAUAAGACUUUAUAAGAGUCUGAAUCUCCCGUAUAUAAGAUCCUGAAUCUCCCGUACAUAAGACUUUAUAAGAGUCUGAAUCUCCUGUACAUAAGAGUUUAUAAGAGUCUGAAGCUCCCGUACAUAAGACUUUAUAAGAGUCUGAAUCUCCCGUACAUAAGAGUUUAUAAGAGUCUGAAUCUCCCGUACAUAAGACUUGAUAAGAGUCUGAAUCUCCCGUACAUAAGAGUUUAUAAGAGUCUGAAUCUCCCGUACAUAAGACUUUAUAAGAGUCUGAAUCUCCCGUACAUAAGAGUUUAUAAGAGUCUGAAGCUCCCGUACAUAAGAGUUUAUAAGAGUCUGAAUCUCCCGUACAUAAGAGUUUAUAAGAGUCUGAAGCUCCCGUACAUAAGAGUUUAUCAGAGUCUGAAGCUCCCGUACAUAAGAGUUUAUCAGAGUCUGAAGCUCCCGUACAUAAGAGUUUAUCAGAGUCUGAAGCUCCCGUACAUAAGAGUUUAUAAGAGUCUGAAGCCCCUGUACCUGAUGAAACAUUGAACUUCUUGUGGCGUGGUUCUCUUCCAUUGGACAGAAGCAUUCCUCACAACUAUUUGCCUCUGAGCAGCUUCACCUAAGCAGUAAGGUUAACACUUUACAGUAAGGUACCAUUUGUAAAGAGUCUGUAAAGGUUUAAGUGAUUAUUUAAGCAUUUAUAAAUGCAUUAUAAAUCAUUAAUAAGUAAGGGAUAAUCAACGAGGGGCUAUGCGUUUUUGGGAAAAUAAUGAUUGACGUGGAACAAAACUUCCACAGAGUUACAUUAUUUUCCAGAGAACGCAUAGAGCCCCUCGUCCCUUAAAUACCGAGGCUAUAGACAGGUUGGUUGUUUAGCAACAAAACUGCAACGUGCACAAUUACGGAGCAAAACAGACGUGGUUGGCCUAGAAUGUUUUACAACAUGUAAACUAUAAUUUGUCUCUAAUGUUUUAUUGAAAACAAAUACAUUUGUACAUUUCAAAUACUCAGU